GGAGAGGAUUCAGAGAGAGAAAGACCUAGUGAACUAGUCAGUAACAACACGCCUGCCCCUCAGGCAGAGGAAAAAGUAAGAGAUGAAAGAAGAACAAGAGAGUUGAUUAUCUAGAAAGGGUGCAUAGCUUCUCAGUGACUGUGGUGGGAUUGUGUGUUUGGGAGCCCGAACGUUUGGAUUCAGUCUGGAUGGGAAUUCCUGCUGUGCUUGUCAGAUGGGGAUUAUUCCAUGAACGGCUGGAUCUCGUUACUGAUAGCUGAUGGCGAUGACAGCCCUGUUCCGAAUGUGGGGACAUAAACCUCAAGAGGUCCAGACCAAACCUCAGACGCCAGUGGCCCAUCUGCCCAGCGAGGAUGAUGAUGAUGAUGACAAUGAGACAUUGUCCGGGAGAGCUCCGAUACGGAAUUCACGGUUUUACCGUUCAAUGAGAAAGAAAAAGUUGUCUUCGUCUUCAGAAAAACAAGAAAGCCCCACCUCCUCUCCUAAACCAGCAGUGGACCCCGCCUCCUACAAUAGACUCAGCCCCUCUGCAGCGAAUCGACUUCCCCCCUCUCCCAGAACACAUCAUCCACCUUCUCGUUCUGGAAUCUCGUUGCCGAGCAACGGGAUUACUGUGCUGGGAGGAGUUCGCUCUCGGUCUCCGUUGGCGACACCGGGAGGUUGGCUGCGUAGACAAGAAAUGGAAGAGCUGAGUGAACGGACGACAAGUGCCUGCACUAUGCAGGACAAUGACAUUCACACCACUGCCGACCCGGACAACAUCACACUCCGGCUGGUGAGGAAUGGUGACAGUCCGCAGAAGAUGGCAGUAGAGAAUUCCUGCCGCAAUCUCAACAUUGUGAAGAGUGUCGAUGUUUUGUAUCAAGAGUACCGUGACACCUCUAAGCAGCAGGAGAUCGAGCAGCGUCGACAGAGAGAUGGGCUUCCGACUGCAGGGUCAGGGGUCACGGCUGUGCCUACAUUGCAGCUGCAGCUGAGGAACAGCAUGCAUUCACUGAGCCUCUGGCAAAACCUGGAGGCUGUGAAAGACAGUGGACUACUGAAGACACUAGAGACAAAGGAGACCAUACUGCAGGAGGCCAUGUUUGAACUGGUGACCUCUGAGGCGUCAUACUACAAAAGCCUGGAGCUGCUGGAGACCCACUUUCUACGAAACCCUCUGCUUGUCAACACCUUGAGUCAGUCUGACAUGCACUUCCUGUUCUCCAACAUUGAGGACAUCAUGAAGGCAAGCGAGAGGUUCCUCAUGGAUCUGGAGCACAGGAUCGAAGAGUCCAUCCUGAUCUCAGACGUGUGCGACAUCGUUCAUUUUCACGCUGUUAACCACUUCCAAGUCUUCAUCAGCUACGUCAUCAACCAGGCGUACCAGGAGAAGAACUACCGACGGAUACUACAAGAAAAUGCUAUUUUCCGAGAGAAUAUAUCCAUUUUGGAGAAGCAGCCGAAAGUGAAGGGCCUCUCGUUUACCUCCUUCCUCAUCCUCCCUUUCCAGCGAAUCACACGACUCAAACUACUUGUUCAGAAUAUUCUGAAGAAGGUGGAGGAAAAUUCAGAGAGCGAAAAGACUGCAAUAUUAGCUCAUCAAGAGUUGGAAAGGAUUGUGAAGGAGUGCAAUGAAGGAGUGAGGAAGAUGAGUCGCACUCAAGAGCUGAUCAGCAUCGAGAAAACACUUGAAUUCAAGUCGAAGUCAGUGCCGGUGAUUUCUCACUCUCGCUGGCUCCUGAAGAAGGGUGAGGUGCAGCAGAUGUCCGGGCCCAAGAGCACCAGGACCAUGCGCAGCCGCAAGCUCUACCACCCCAUCUACCUGUUCCUGUUCAAUAACCUGCUGCUCAUCACCAAACGCAGCUCCAGUGGAGAGAAGUACCAGGUUCUGGACUCCUGCAGUCGCUCCAUGCUGAGGACUGAAGACCUGGAGGAUCAGGGGCAGAUGCUGGCCUGUGCGUUUGUGCUGAAACUGCUGGAGAACCAGGAGGACAGAGAAGUCAGCUACAUGCUCAAGACCGAAAGCAUAAGUGAUAAACUGCGCUGGAUAUACGCUUUGACUCCAAACCGCCGUACGAGAUUCCUCUCGACCAGCGCUCACCAACCAGAUUCUGCACAGGUUCAGUGUAUCCAGUCGUACUCCUCUCAGGAACCUGAUGAGCUCUCUGUAGAAAUGGCUGAUGUGCUGCACAUUCUGGAGUGUACCGAUGAUGGCUGGAUGUUGGGUGAAAGGUUGCAUGACGGCGAGCGAGGCUGGUUCCCCAUCCGCGUGGUGGAGAGGAUCAAGAGCGCAGAAGUUCGGGCUCAGAACCUUAAAGAGUGUCAGCGGAUCCAGCAGGCUCAGGAAGGAGCGCAGGGGUCCAGAGCUGCCUCCAGGGGGCGCCGCCCAGCCAAAAGCCCCCAAUACACUCCCACCUGGACCGACCUGUAGAUAAAGAACAAGAAAUGACAUCGCAAAACCACCACAACCAUCCUACGUUCUCCUAAUUCCUGACCCGGUAACCCGGAAGCGGCGCCCCCUAGAUGUCGCGGCGGACCGAUAGUCAUUCUGUGUCCAGUGUUUUAUUGAAUACAUGUCCGGCGUCACACUGAGGACUCGACAGGGUCGUGGAAGAGCUCUUGCACUAUAAGCACUUGUGUUUUUGAAUCGCUGCUUCCAUACAGUCCUAACACGCUGUUAGCAUGAAGGAUUUCAACUUUUGCAGUCACACACGGGGACCACUUUUCUGACGCAUAUGAGGUGAAGGAAAAUAAACGCUACAUCAGGACUUUUGUAAAGUCGUAAUGCUUCUCUGGAAAAGGAAUGUAUUAAUGUGCAUGGUCACACCUUACUGACAUUACAGGUUUGUGUUUUUAAACUAACCUCUGAGGACAAAGAGGAUGUACUGUACCGUAUGGAGCUCAUCCUCCUCCCAUCCACAUGAAGAACAAAACGAAAAUAAGUGAGAGAAAAUGAACAAAGUUAAUCAAAUGCACAUAUAUGGCAUUUUGAAUGCGAUUCUUUGGGGAACAUGGAGGUAAAAAAUGCAGAUGAAGAACACUGAGGCGUUUUUUUGCACGUGCUGCAUGAAAGUGUAUGAACAAUCACAUACACAUUAAACAAUGUUUUCCUACACAAACACACUACACACAAGAGAGUAAUGUUGUUAAACCAGUCUAACAACCGUGUCCUAACCAGAUGCAACAUGGUAACUUUCCAGCAACAAGCCAUUUGUCCAUACUAAAAGCGAAAAUGCUCAAUGAUGAGCCGUAAUGAAGUUUAAUAUUAACUAAUCACAUUUUUGAAUCACCUGUUUGUUUGGAUGCACAAACAAUUUAUAUAUAUAUAUUUUUUUUUUAAUAGAUUUGGGUCCAUAAGUACACGUAAAAUAUAUAAAUAUAGCAAAUAUGAGAUGCAAUUGAAUAAGAAAUAGCUUCUAACAAGAUGGCUGAUGUGAACUGUCUUUAAGGGAGAUUCACCCCAAAAUUAAAAAAAAAAAAAUUCCCUCAU